ACUCGCACGUCGUGAUUGAAGUAGCAGAAAUUUUUUUGAUGAGUUUAUAGUAUGACAAAAAAGGGCUAGGACAAGUACUAAACUGUAACUACGACCAUCUGCGGUCUCUAUCAAACUAUGCGUGCGUCUGCCUUCUUUUCCAAAACAUUGCUCGCCAAAAAAGCGGCGGCGCCCGGUGCAGUGGCGCCCCACGUUGCCUCGGAAUGCCUGUCACCCCGUAGCAAGUUACUGUCCUCCGGCACGACCACUACGUCGUCAGGCGGCAGCUGUGGCACGACAAGCGGCAGGAGUCCCACCAGAACAGAAAGUGAUGCUGGGGGUUCUUCUACCACUGGAACAAAACAAGUUUCUGCCUUUGAUUCCACCGAAGACGAAUUCUUUGCUCGCAAUAGUACCGCAACUACCGGUAGCAGCACGACUACAAGGAGUAGCAGAACCGCAUCGCCGCUGGGUGUCGUAACCCGAUCAAGUUCCUCCCCGGGCAAAACGAAGCUGGAAGAGAUUCGCGAUGCGGCUCGGCAACGGAGAGAAGAAAGGCGGAUCAGCGUGUCGUCGACGUCUGCGAGUAGUACGACAAGCCCCCUUGCCCUCUAUGAGAAUAUGCACAACUCCCAUGUGCCCCUCAUUUGUCAUGCCAAAGCCCCAAUUCAAUCGCUGCGUUGUCAGACUGUUUGCAUCACAAAUUCAGGAAGCGCAAGCAGUACUACUUACACCAGGCGCAAGAUGAACUUGUAAUGCACAGGCUCGAUGUGUGUUGGUGUUUGUAUUGCUGUUCGUGCCAUGCAAAUGAGGGGGAGGGGGAGUUGUGCACUCGCAUACCCUCCGGAGCAGGGGCAGAAGUGGAACAACAGCAUCAACAACUUCGACCCCGUCACCGUCCUCUGAGUUACGAUAUAAUCCUGCUCUUCAAGGCGCAGCGGAGGACGCAGGUACUCUAAUGUAUUAUUCGUAUUUAUUUUAGAUCACAGGAAGAAGAAAACCACAUGCAAAUCCGUUCUUGAAUGAUCAUCCAUCGGUUUUUGUUUUUUUUAGCGGUGCUGGACGAGUAUUUCAAUUCUUUUAUUUCGGUCUAGAAAAAUCACAAUCAGCCUCCUCCGCCGGAACAACGGCCGCUGUCGCGUCGGCGCAAGAAGAAGAAGGACGACAGCUAAAAAACGUUGGAGCAGCGGCAGGUAGAGCAUCUGUGCAGCAGACCCCAGAAGUGCUACGUACGGAAGACCUUUCGACGUUCAAGGCGGAACUACACGGCGCCAAGGGUCCGGAAUUCCUUCAAGAACGAGAACCACAACAGCUGCAUGAUCCGAAGACAAAAAAACUCAACGCUGCACCACCACCACCACCGCAAGAGUUUUUACUUGGCCAGGAAAAUGUUGAUGCGCGGGAACAUCUUCAACGUGGUCCAGAUACAGAAGCUCCGCUGAUGCUGGAAAACUACCUGCUGCGACCGCACUACCGCGUCCUGCCAUCGUUUGCUACUCGACGACGCGAAGCAGAAGUAGAUGUUGACCUAGGGCAACAAGACCGAACAAUCGUCGGGAGUUGUACUAGUGCUGACCACACGGCGGCUGGUGAUCUCAAAAACAAUUACAACGACCCCGACGAUAUCUCACGAAAAAACUGUUUCACUGUGAUGAUUUUGCAAGUUUUGCAUUACAAGUUUGUUCUGCAUCACAGAGAAAAUUUGCCAUGCGAGAUUCCUAAGGGAAAACAAAGCUAAAAAGCCAUUGUCUUGCAUGUGUAGCAAGACAAACACUUGUGAAAUACAUUUUCUGCAUUACAAGUUUACAGUGAAACAGUUUUUUCUGGCGAUAGACGAGCACCAGGAGCUAGUAUCCUCGUCGUACUCGCGGGAGGUUUUCGUGACCACGGGAAGGAGCGGAAAAACCUGUUUCACCGUAUCGCAAGAAAAAACUGCUUCACUGUAAACUUGUGAUGCACAAAAUGGAACACAGAAAUAUUUGUCUUGCUACACAUGCAAGAAAGUGGAUUUUUAGCAGUGUUUUCCCUUAGGAAGCACGCAUGGCAAGUUUUCUUGGUCAUGCGUAAGGAACUUGUAAUGCAAAAGUUGCAAUCAUCCUUACAGUGAAACACCUUUUUCGUACGAUACACCGUGCACGAAGAAGAAUACCUGAACGACGAGCGACGGCUCUAUUUCGAGCGGCAUAUGAACUGCAAAAGCAUCGUACUAGUAUAAAUUGCAUUACAAAUUGGCUUAGCAUUACAAAUUCAAUCUGUAAUGCGGAUUUGCCUAUAACAAAAAGAUUUGUAAUGCAUAAAUGCAAAAUUUAGUACGAGUGCGAUACUUUUGCAGUGCAUACGGCAGCAGAAGUACCAAAUCCGCCCGCACGAAAACAUCUGGUGCAGCUAUGACAAGCACGGUUUUAAUAUGGCAAAAAACACAGGAGCACGAUCUUCUAAUUCUUGUCAUCCGGCACUGCAUCAGCAUCCACACGUCGACCCAAUCAAUAACCGCGGUACAACAUCACUAUCCGCGCCGAAACUAGACGACUUUUGCGAGCGGUACAAAGACGCUUCGCUCAUCUUGCGGCUCCGCAGCGGCCUGAUCGCUGGGUUUGACACAUUGUUCGGGAUCGGUGGUUUAACGGGAAGCACAACAGUAUGCAUCGCAAAAGUAUCGUACUCGUACAGUGCACAUCAAUCAUGCAUAGACAAAUCUCCUUUCCAAGCUAAAUCAGCAUGACAAACUCAAACUCCUCCGUCUGUCAUGCUGAGCGAAGUUGUACUGGAUUUGUUGUUCCUAGUACGAUACUGUUGCAAUGCAUAAGCGGCCGGCGGGGGACGAGAAAAAGUCUGCGAGAAACAUCAGCAGCACAGCGGAUUUUUUUUCAAUAAUCCACCUUCCGGUCUCAUCCAGAGGUUUAAGCAGUUUCGAGCAAGAAUGCACGAAAAAGUCUACGGAUCUAUCCUGUGCAAAAGUAUCGUACUCGUACUAAUUGCAGAUAUGCAUUUACAAAUUUCUUGCUCAAGUCAAAGCCGCAUUACAAAUUCUAUUUCGCAUGCUGGGGCAAUUUGUCAUGCGAUUUGUACUAGUACGAUGCUUUUGCAAUGCAUAGGAUCCUUCAAACAGCAAAAGUUCGGAGUUCUGGAGAAAAACAACUCCUUGACGAUGCCGCUCACGCACUUCUGCCCCAAAUUAUGCAAGAAAAAAACUUCUGUGUAGGUGCAAGUGUAAGUCUGUGAUGCAGAAAAUGGAAAACAGAUACAACUGCCAUGCCAGUUGUAGACACCCAUGAAGUAUAUAGAAAUCCUCUUUUCGUGUGUGUUUUCAAGUACUAAGUAGUACUAGUAGGAGUGCAUGAAAAUAAACUUUCUGUGUCAGCAUAGUGCGGAGGAAGUUGUUUGUUGUCAUGCUCUCUCACAACUCGAAGACAAUGACGCCUCCACUAACACAGUUUUUUCCUCGGAUACAAAUGGCUUCUCGGCCAUUACGUUUCCCGUUAUUUUUCCGGUGUGGUAGAUUAUUUCGCAUCUCCGUCCGGAACAAAUGCGGACGAUCCGGAAAUAUCAAUUGCAAAUAUGUCUGGGUCUGGAACAUGGCAAUCUGUCAUGCCAAAUCUGAAUCAUACAAAAAUCUGUGUUGCAGGAUUACCAAAAGCUGGCCACUUUUCACCAAGUGGGUAGGGCGUUUCUCAUGCAGAAUAGGCAUGAUAGAGGUCUCACAGAAUCUGUCAUGCUAGGUUCUGCAUUCCAGACCUCAUGCGUCAUGUAACACCUGCGUCACAAGUUUGCAUCUUUCCAGACCCAGACAUAUUUGCAAUGCAUAGGAAAAAUCUUUAACGGGAACAAGAUUUGGAUUUCUACCUGCUUCCUCGCCGCAGCGGUAUCCAAGAGAAAAAGAUGAAAGCUGCGUUUUGACGUACUCGUAUUGAAAACAUGAGUUUUUACUAAAAAGUGCGCAUCUGUAUUUUUAUGUUGUACAGCAUGCAACUUGUUGACGAUUAUGUUAUGCGCCUGAUGGUCAUGGGCAUGCUCUAAUGAUAGAAACCACGUGAGCUGCGAGAGGUAAACUUCUGUGAGGCACUUACUACCACCGAAAGAGCGCAGUUUUUUGUCUGCAUACCCGGCGGCUGAAAAUAGCGAACUGUCCAGCACACAACCGCUUUUCAGCAGCGACCCCCACUCGAGCAGGUGAGGAACAAGAUAACCGUGCUGGUAGUUGUUCCUACUUCACUCAGCUUCUCACGACGGCGCCGCUCGGUGCUAGCAGCAGGACCUCCACGGGAGCUGCACCAAGAGCCCGCGACUUUUUCUCCUCCUGGGCUGCAACAUCUAGGAAUAAUUCCGCGGACGACCAGUACGUCUCCCCUCCUGCGGGGGUCGUGCUGUCGUGCUGAAGUUGGAUUUUGAUUUGGAGUUGUACGCGAAUAUGACCACACAGUUCUUGUGCAUUGCCUUGUAAUUGAAAACGAAGCACUUACAGUUACAACAUUUCUCGAUAAUUGAAGUAGUGUGCUCCUGUGAUUCGAGACAUUUAAUGAGCACGACGAGAUCAAGAUCAAGUUGAAGACGCCUGCAAUGGUAGUCUACUUACCACUGGUACUGUUGUGGUUUGAUGAAUAUGGAAGCUCGUUUUUCGUCUUCAUCAAGAGCAAUGAUGACAGCGCGACGGCAUACGCGAAGAAAAAUAUUUGAUGAAGUAAGUAAGUAAUUAUAAAUGGAGUACGCGAGCAGGAACGUCGGCAGUAGAUGGAGUAGUUGUAGGUCGG